CUGAAGCCUAUGACGUCAUUUUGCACAUGCGCAUUAGCGGUGGGCGGAGUUUUUCCAGUCGGUCAGGAAGAGGAGAAAGGCGGACACAGAAACAUCAAGCGAUGGCUGCUAUCAGGAAGAAGUUAGUAAUAGUUGGGGAUGGUGCAUGUGGGAAGACCUGUCUGCUCAUAGUCUUCAGUAAGGACCAGUUCCCAGAGGUCUACGUACCCACUGUGUUUGAGAACUAUGUGGCAGACAUUGAAGUGGAUGGGAAACAGGUAGAGCUAGCACUUUGGGAUACAGCAGGUCAGGAAGACUACGAUAGACUGAGACCUCUCUCCUAUCCCGACACUGAUGUCAUUCUCAUGUGCUUCUCUGUAGACAGCCCUGACAGUUUAGAGAAUAUUCCUGAAAAGUGGACACCUGAAGUAAAACACUUCUGUCCAAAUGUUCCCAUCAUCCUAGUGGGCAAUAAAAAAGAUCUGCGCAAUGAUGAGCACACCAGACGAGAGCUUGCCAAAAUGAAACAGGAGCCUGUUAAAUUUGAAGAUGGCAAAGAGAUGGCGAACCGCAUCAGUGCCUACGGCUAUCAAGAAUGUUCUGCCAAAACCAAAGAUGGUGUGAGGGAAGUCUUUGAGAUGGCAACCAGGGCAGCACUGCAGGCCAAGAAACGUGGCAAGAAGUCUACCUGCCUUCUGUUAUAGGCUCUUGGAGAAGAGGCAGCUUCCAUUCAAAUUUGACAUAGGGGAGAAAAUUGGGGAGGGCCCAGAAAAGUGUUGUGGAUGCUCAAUUUCUUAUCACCCAAUUAUUCUCAGCAGAUCUUAAAUUAUUUGAUAGGCCCCAACAUCUUAUUCCUUGGUCUAUACAUUAGGUCAAGUGCCAUUUUGCUCUCGCCUAUCAAAAACUUUCAGAUCUAGAAGUUUGUAGGGCACGUGGUGGGGUGUGAUUGGAAGUUGAGUAGAUGUAGACGGGGUUGAUGUGCCAUGAUGGGAAUGAAGUGAGAAAAGGUCCUGACCAGGCCAAAGACAAUAGGGACAUGCAAGAGAAAGACAGAAAAUAUAAAAUAUGUUGUAAUUAAGACCUGUCUAAGUGGAUUUUACACAGUAUCGCCUACAUGUAGUGCCUUGAGAGCAGUGGUCAAGAAGAGUUAGUUGUGGGUUAGGGAUUCAUAACUUAGAUGGGGUAUUAUUUUGUAAUUUGUAAUGUCCACACAUCCCAUUUGUGAGUGCUUUCUCCCUGUCAUUGGCUUUGCUUCUUCAGGCCCAUAUUCUGACUCAGGCGCUUUGCAGAGGUAUGCCUAAACUAGAUUGUAUGAGAUAUUUUCCCAUAUUGAAUUACUUACUGUGUGUGCGUGCGUGUGUGUACCACUGUAUGGUGGUUUGAUUUCUCCAGUGCAGGUCUGCAUGCAGUGAAUGUGUGUAUAUUUGUGUGGGUGUGUAUUAACAUAUGUGUCUGUACUGUAUGCAUGGAAAGGCCUUCUGCGUCUCUGAACUAACCCCUCAUUUUCAUGCCAAAGUUACCCUUAAUGGCCACAUUUUAUGGCUCAGAUGGGUAAUGGAAUUAACAGCUACUCAGAGUGACAUAAAAACUUUACUUUACUGGAAGACAUUGUACUAUACCUAGAGGCACAAUCAGGUUAAACAUAUGAGUUUUUAGGACUUUUUCUGUAUUCUUGUGGAUUAAUUUGAUUAAUUUAAUCUCUGGGUUAAAAUCAUGUGUGGUGUAGUUGAUACAAUGAAUAUUCUUUUAGAUAGAUUAUAGGUUUAUCUUAUUACUAUAAUGCCCAUAAUGUACUGUAUGUCUUACAAGGCUUUGUAAGGACAUGUUAGUGAUGUGUAUUUCAAGUUUGUCUUUUACUCAACUCUCCCCAGCCGUUCUCUGAUGGUAUUGUCAUUAUUGUACUAUAACUUUUUAUUGUUGUCUCUAAUUUUCUUAGUAUAUUUUAAUCAUUUUACUUAAUCCUGCUGUUAUGAUCAGUUUAUGUCAGUUAAAUGAUAAAUUGUAACCAUAGUAUUGUUUUUGUUUAGAUAAUUGAAAGUAAAGCAUGGGUGCAAGGCUGGAAGUUUUGUGGGUGGGAUUUGUUUCUUUGUGGGUUUUUUUUUUUUGUACUGUGACAUUAAGAUUUUUGUUUCUGGAUGUUCUUUCUCUAAAUAAAGCUGAUAGGGUUUUCUGUUGUAAGGUA